AUGGCUAACAGGCAAAGAACAUCAACCAGGCUAAAGAGCCAAGGUGUCAAGGCACUCACCACAACCAUCACCUCUCCAACUGUCGACAACACUUCCUCCAACACCGAGUCAAGUGCUCAGGCUCCUCCAGAUCCAGCUAACCACAAGCACCCGUGUGAGCUGAGCGUCACGCAGACCGGGGCUGCACCAGCACAUUCUGCACCCAAGCCCAAGUCCAAGUUGUGUAAGCAUCAGGGCACGAGGACAGUGGAGCAGCUGGCAGCAAACACUGCAGCUGUUGUCACAGCUGAGUGCGCACCCGGUCCAGCAGACAAGUGCUCACCUGGUCUGGCAGCUGAGUGCUCGUCCGCUCCUCUGGCUGUUCCAGCCUGGUGUACACUUCCAGACUGCAAGCGGCAGGAGCACCCGGGGAAGCCCAAUGUCCCUCGGCGGAAGAGGACCUCGAAGGAGGUACAGGCGCACGAGGAGGAGAGGAGGCAGCUCCUCGAGCGACUACAACAGCUCAGCAAGCGGCAGGCUGCAGAGAUAACUGAUGAGGAGGAGCUAGAUGAAGUCAGGGAGCUCAAAGACAAGACGGAGGUGGUACUUACCUGGGAGCAGCAGCUCAAUGCUGCAAUGAAUGCCCCGCCGUCGGACCAUGACACUGAUAUUUCGACUGGUUAUGGUCAGACUCUGGGCCGAGAGCCUGUCUACUUGGAUGGUGACAAUGAAAAGCCUGCAUAUUAUAUAAGGACAAUGCCUGGGGUGACUCCGAUGGACGAUAACACGAGUGUCGGUGCCAGUGUUAGCAUUGAGGCAAAGGUGGUGAGCAAGAAGGGGAAGGCUCCACAGAGGAAUACCAGUAAGACCACCGAAAACAAGGCGGCGAAGGCACCCAUGUUCGCAUUGGGCCUCAAGCUGGGAUGGCGCACCCAUGCAGCCUCUUCCUCAAACACCUCUCACGAACACGCACCAGCCAUUGGUGGCCUCAACGACGACGACACUGGUGGCGCUCAUCCUGGUUCUCGCAAGGCCAAAGCACUGACGAAGCAGGGUCAGCUGCCAUGCAAUGAUGCCGAUGCUUCCAUGGCCCUCAAGAAGCAGACACCGGGUUCUGUGAAGCUUGCCAGCAAGACCAAGGCCCGAAGGUCUUGCUCCAUCCUUGCUAAGACCUCUGCGGCUCCUAUUGUCAAAACCGAGCCUAUCACCGAAACGGUUCCAGUCAUCAAGUCCAAGCCCGGUGUUGUUGCUCCCAGCCCAGCCGCUCUCAUGCCCGCCUUUGACAUCAACAACUAUUGGACCACAUCUCUCCUUCCCACCAUCCACACCUGCUUCGCGUCUUUCGACAAUAUGUGGAACAUUUUCAAGAGAUCCCCAGAGACAGCUACAUCAGGAAAAGGAGAAAACCUGGUUGGGACGGUGCACAGCAGUGCAUCCAAACUUUGGUGUGAUAUGACAUGGGCGAAUCAACUUAGAAAGUCUUACCACACGGACCCGCAGUUGACCUCGGUGUGCAUUGGGGCGGAUAUGAAGAACAGCGCUGUUGUAGAGAUUGAAAUGAUCAUAUUUGUUCGGGUGGAAGCUGUGUUGAAGCUGUCCCUCUUCCGUCAGAAAGGUGGUUAA